GAAAUUCGAAAAUGAACCACCUGCCGCCAACGUCAUGGCCACCGCGGGCGCCACCCCUUCCGCCGCCGAGUGGUCUGCCGCCAUACAUGUAUCGUAGUUAUGGCCAUCCACCACCGUACUUCUUUCCCCCUCCGUCGCUCCCUCCCAUGGACCCGGACUCUGCCUGGCUUGCCCAGUUCUCUGCUCACCACCUCCCAAGCCACGAAACUCCGCCAAGGACACCACCACCGACUACCAUGCGUGGAGUGCGGCAGACUCUCUUGGAAUGCCUCCAACGCAUUCGAGAAUGCAAAUCCCUUCAAGAAGAGAUGGAUCGAUUUGCGACGGCAUACACAACAACACGUGACGAAUUUCACAACCUCCCUGCUCGUGCCAGGACCAAGCUGCAUUACGAACGACGUCGCGCGGCGCUUACCGAGACGCUGACGAGACUACGCACGCAAUACAGCUCGUUCUUUGGCGACGACACAGCGCUUCGGCAGGCCACGUCCAUGGCCAAGCGUAUUCACCGCAAGAAACUGUACCGGCGCAACAUGAAACACCACCGUCAAGUGCACAGGCACGUAUUGGACGGUCUCACAAAAAGUGUGCAUAGCGCACCCACGGACGAGCUUGCAGCACCUGGUGCAUCCAUUCGUAUGAAACUCGACCACAUAUGCCACAAGUUAACGUUGCUGCAGCAACUCAAGGCCUCCCGCGGUUCCACCAACGAGGAUGACGAUGAUGGAGUGACGCGGGACGUCACCGCGUUCCUCACCAACAAGGCUGUUCAAAAGACUGCAAAUCCAACCUUGGAACUACCGCAACAAACUGAAGCUACAACACGGCUUCAUCCGCUAUUCGACCAAGACAUGACGAUGGAGUCGUUGGUGGCUGUCAGACGAGCGUGGGACGCGCACUUGAGUGGUCGCGGUGGCUCUCGGAUUCCGCCUCAUUUCGUCAUCCCGCCGCUGCCAUCGACUACGGACAGCAGUAGCCCAUGGCAUGCUUACCUGACUCCCGCAGUCCCAUUGGGCCCUUAACCUGCAGUGUAACUAAGAAUGUUCUAGCUUUGAACCACU